AUGUCUGUGGUAUACGUGUUAUUUUGUGUGUGUGACCCCAGUACCCUGGCAGAGCACCCUGGUUGGCCUGUCAGAAACCUGCUCACUCUCAUAGCUUAUCACUGGGCUGAUAAGUUGCCAGGGGUAGAGAUAGUGUCAUUUAGAGACAGGAUAAGCCAGGGUUCCAGGGACAUCAGACAUAGUCUGGUCUUUAAUGUUCAGCUCCAGUCUAUAUCAAACCUUACAGAGUGUCCAAAGUGUGUGGGUUGGGAGAAGAAUGCCAAGGGAAAGUUGGUUCCAAGAAUGGUGGACCUCAGUGCUACCAUGGACCCUGUCAAAUUGUCAGAGUCCUCGGUUGACUUAAACCUGAAGCUAAUGAGGUGGAGACUGCUACCAGAGUUAAACCUGGAGAAGAUAAAGAGGACAAGGUGUCUGCUCCUGGGGGCCGGGACAUUAGGGUGCAAUGUGGCUAGAUCAUUACUGGGAUGGGGAGUUAGGAAAAUCACGUUUGUGGACAAUUCAAGAAUAUCCUAUUCCAACCCAGUGAGGCAGUCACUGUUUGUGUUUGAGGAUUGCCUACAUGGAGGCAAAGCCAAGGCUGAGGCAGCGGCCGAGUCACUGAGGAGGAUAUUCCCAGGGGUGGAUGCUCAGGGACACUCACUGACCAUCCCCAUGCCUGGGCAUCCUCUAUCAGAGAGCAGUAUUGAGCAGACCAGGAAGGAUGUGGCAGUACUGGAGGAGCUGGUGGACCAGCAUGAUGUGAUAUUUCUACUGAUGGACACCAGAGAAAGCAGGUGGUUGCCUACAUUACUGGGGGCUGCCAAGGGAAAGAUUGUAUUGAAUGCAGCCCUGGGUUUUGACACCUUUCUGGUGGUCAGACAUGGAGUAAAGACGCCAGGAGAACCAAUGGACACAGGGCCGCCAGGAGAGGCAAAAUUAAGCUCCAAUGUACAUGGAAGUCAACUGGGAUGUUACUUCUGUAAUGAUGUCGUCGCACCUGGAGAUUCCACCAGAGAUCGCACCCUUGACCAGCAGUGUACGGUGUCCAGGCCGGGGAUGUCCAUGAUUACGGCCGCACUGGCUGUAGAACUGCUGGUGUCCAUACUACAGCACCCUGAGGAGGGCGGGGCACCUGCUGACACCAGUGCUAGAGAUGAACAUAUCACUAAGGACAUGAUGUCUAUACUGGGCCUUGUGCCACACCAGAUUCGUGGUUUCCUGUCAAGAUACUACAACCUUUUGCCAGCUAGCAGGGCCUUUGAGAAGUGUACAGCAUGCUCAAAUAUAGUUAUUGAGCACUAUAGAAAAGAAGGAUUUGGCUUUCUGCUGAGUGCUUUCAACCAGCCCAGUUAUCUGGAGGACCUCACAGGACUGACACAGCUACACCAGGAAACCCUGGACUCUGAGGUGUGGGCCAUCAGUGAUGAUGAUGAAAGCAUGUAACCCGAAGGGAAGAACACCAGACAUUAAUAAAAGAAGAUUUUAAGAACUCAACACAAGCACAUAGCAAUGUCCAUCAGAUAUCCAAUCCAUAUUGAUGGAUAUGCAUUGGUUCUUUUGAAUUAAUCAUGAAAACUAGGUGGAAUGUUCCACUUGGACAGACAGGGGUGUGGCGACAGUCUAAAGCUCUAUUGGACCGAAAAUCAUAAAAUUUUUGUCUUUUUUUCACUACAUAUUCACAGGUGUGUCUUUGGCUAAUCCAUGACAGAAAUGUCCACUUAAUGAUUAUAUUUAUCUAUGGCCCAAGUAGAAAGUAGGCCUGCUUCCUGAAUUUUCAUUUUUGUCUCGCCUUUUUCACGUCUCAGAUGAACUUUAUUCUAUUACCAGUAUAUUAUACACUUUACUCAUAUAUUCUAUCAAACCGUCAGGCUACAAGACCUUCAGAAAAACACACCUUCAGACCAGUGAGCCUUCAGACAAUUGCUAUGGUCUCAAACAGCCUGUUGAAGUGACCUAAGACCAAAGAUUUCAGUGACAUAUGACCUGUUGAACAGACAAAGCCAAGAGAUCACACGGGAGGGGACAGAGGUCAUCCACCAGUGCCACUUCCUUGUCAUCAUAUAUUAUUCAUUGAAGUAUUAAAAUAAGUGUUUUCUAAAGUUAUAAAAACUCUUAAUAUGAGUUUCAAAAUUCUACAAUAAAUACAUUGUAAAC